UGCAUUGAUGCAUGAUAAAAUGUCAACUUAACUUCUCUGACAUUGACGGCAGCAUCGAAAUGCUAAUAUUUUGAAUGGAGUUCCGGUUUCCGCUACUAGCUGUGUGCAGUGGUUUUGCUGUGAGCUUGGAGUGAGUGAACGGCACAGAAACGUUGAUUAGCGUAGCUUACCUAUUUUAUAACCACAAAUUACGCUGAUUUAGCUGAACAUAACAUCGCACUAUUUCACCAGUGCCGAACUGAUCAUUCUGUCACCUGUAAUGUAGCUGUAACGUACCGCUAAUGUUAGCCCAAGGCGAGCUAAAUACACUUGCUAGUUGUGGUGCUCCAGACACCUCUAACAGUCAACCAGGCGUCUUCGUUUUAAGUCUUGUACAUCGGUUAAGAUGGCACACAGGAAAGAAGUCUUCCAGUCAAAGGUACUCCAGAAGCUUUACCCUGCAACCCCUAAAUUGGAAAAGGAACCCAGCUCACCGUGCAUAGUGGACGCUUUAGCCAAAAAUAAAUAUAUGAAAAGAAAAGCUUCUCACCCUCACAGUAAUGCUGAAAUGGCACCAAGUGCAAUCGAAAGCAGGCGCAUGUACACUGUCCUGCCUCCUCCUGCAGACUACAAUGCUGAUUCAGGGAUAUCUUUCACUCUACCCCAGCCUGAAAACAUAAGAAGUGUGGAGGCCCCAUCUGAACAUAAUUUACAAGAGUUCGGUGAAGAGCUGGACCAAGAUUUAGAAGCAGAUGAACAGAAAACAAGAAGGAAAAGAAGGAAAAAGAGACUUAAUCUUCAAGGAGACUUGAGGAAAGAUGGAGUGGCUCCAACUAAAGACUCUAGCAUUGGUCAGAAGGGGAUGCCAGCUGAUGAGGAAGCAGUGCGUGUUAGCCGGAACAAGAAGAGGAAACUGAAGAAGAAACGGCACAAAGAGAAACUGCUCUCAAUGGGCUUGAUGCCUCGAGCGACUGCCCUGGAGUUCACAUACCAAAAACAAAAAGAGGAGGAGGAGAAAGAUGAUGCGAGGAGAGUUGCUGAUGUGGCAGAUUUUCUCAGGAAUACAAUGGAAAUCUAUGAGUCAGAUUCUUUAAUGCAUGCAGAGAACCUUCCUCGGCUGUCCGGGGUGUUGCAGGGUCUUUUGAGCAGCAUCACCAGUGGAAGUAGGCCCACCUUCCUCCUGGAGCAGCUUCACACUAUCCACUUAUUUGUUCAACACAAGGAGAGAGACAGACUAGAAAAGGCACUACAGGACCUCUGCAACAGCACUCUGAUGUCUGCAGAGGAAAGCACUGUGGUUGCGACAUUGUUCCAUUACUGGAUAACGGACAUUCUUCCCAUGAAGAGAAGCAAUGAGCGUGGACUCUCAACAACACAUCCAUGAGUCACACAGCUACAGGCACUGUGUAAGGAUGAACUCUACCCUAUUUCUAUAUUUGAAAAUGUAUUAUGUCUGAUUCUUUUGUAUCACAGAAUAAAAUAAAACAUUCGGCUCUCUCCAAUCAGUAUCGAUCUGUUAUUUACCUCAGUGUUAUUUUUGUAUAUUGUUCAAAUGAAUAGAAAAAACUCUUGUCUGUCUUAUCUAACACCUAAUUACCAGCAAACCAAAUGUCAGCACUGCUGGAAGUCAGGUUUUGUUUGCUGUCAUGACAUUUAAAACUAACGAACUAACCAACAGCUUGUUAAACAUCCCAACUUUCUGCAGAUCACUGCAAGUUGCAAUUCUUUGUUUAACUUGAUUGUUUCACUAUGUAGCCACACAAAUGAACCUUAUGUCUCUGUUGAUAUUACUCAAGAGGUUUUGUUGACACUUGUUGCAGUUAUCUAACUAGCUAUACUCAAUAUAGCAGCACAGCAUGUUGGAUGCAUGAUGGACUUUGAGCAGCAUUGCCUCCUGGGGAGCCUGAAGCUCAUGUAUUCUAUUCUGGUGCAUUUACCCAAAGCUUUUUUCCAGGGGAGGAGUUCAUG